AUGCUUCGUGAAGUAAAGCCCAAAAAUCCGCGCACGGCGCGCCUUCUCAAGAAAAAGGAACCCCAACUCAUCGAACCCCCCAAACGUACCCUCCUCCUCCAUGGUACAAAAUGUCCUCUCCCACUCAACACUUUACUCAAGACAAUCCACGGCUUAACGAACCCCAACUCGGUCCUAUUCCACAAGAAGAACGACAAUGUCCACCCCUUCGAAAGUACAGAGAGCAUCGAAUUUUUGGCUGACAAGAAUGAAUGCGGUAUCGUGGUGUAUGGAAGCAGCAACAAAAAGCGACCCAAUUGCCUAACUCUUGUGCGGAUAUACAAUAAAAAAGUGUUGGAGAUGUUUGAGUUAUUGCUCCUACCGCCUGCGGAUGGAGAAGCGAUUCCUGCGCCUAGUGCGUUGAAACUUGAGAUUGAGGUUGGAAUUAAGCCUAUGAUUCUGUUUGCGGGUAGUAUAUGGGAGGAUGCUACAUCCAACACUUACGCCAUGGUCAAGAGCGUGCUGUUGGAUAUGUUCAAGGGUGAAGAAACCGACAAAAUUGAUGUUGAGGGUCUGCAAUACAUUAUGAUGGUUGGCGCCGAAGAACCUGCCGAAGCCGGUUUGAUGCCUGUAAUCCAUUUACGAUGGUACAAGAUCCGUACGAGACGCAGCGGCCACAAACUACCCCGCGUCGAGCUCGAUGAAGUAGGCCCCAAAUUUGAUUUCAGAAUUGGCCGUGUCCGCGACGCAGACCCCGAUGUUAUGAAGGAAGCUAUGAAACAGGGCAAGAGACCUAACGAAGAAGGCCGAACCAAGAAGAAUAUUACCAUGGACGCUAUCGGUGAUAAGGUCGGUCGUGUGCAUCUCGGUAAGCAAGAUCUGUCGAACUUGCAGACGCGUAAGAUGAAGGGUCUUAAGAGGAGGGCUGGUGUGGAUACGGAUUCCGAGGAUGAGGGAGAAGAUGACGAGGCAUCGAAUUAUGGAUCAGAUGUGAGUGAGGAGAUUACGUUUGUGGAUGAGGAGGCUGCUUCCGAUGUGGAUAUGAUGGAUGUCGAUGAAGAUAAGAAAAGCCGUUCGAAAAAGCCCAGAUUGGCAUGA